AUAUAUUUCCACGGUCUGGUCCCUGCUGCGUCUCACCAUCUGUCUAACCACACAAAUCAUUGCCUCAAAACACUUUCGAGAGGAUGAUCAUUUUUUAACUCAUUUUAUAUAAAGCUAAAGAUACUCUUCGACACUCGACACCCACCACAACAGUUUAUGACUAAUGAACAGAUGGGCUCCUGCUCAAGUCAGUUUUUUGGUUUAGGUUUAUUCUCUUACAAACAUCACAUCUUCUUCCUCUCCCUCCCUCUCUUCCUCUCUCCCUCUCUCCCUCUCUCUUUAGCACUGGAUGCUAGUUUGCAUACUCUUCUAUUAUUGGCUGUCUGUAAAGUGCCUUUCAUCAGACUGCUGUCUGCUGAUUGGCUGAAACCACAAGAGGGCACGGACGCUCUUUCAGGCAAACAGGAAUAAAAGGCCGUCUGCACUCCCUGGGACCAGAGCAGCAUCAGGUAGACACUGGAGCUACAAAGAAGGAGAAAAUAGAACUAGGAAGGACGAGAACGAGAACCAGAGACAACUGAAGUGAAGGAGAGGGGGUUUAGACUUCUAGAUGUCAGUGGCAAAUAUUGUCAGAUUUUAAGCAGUGACAGAAUCUUAAAAAAACCUUGGCCAAUAAAACUAAAGCAUCAUGUCUUUGGAGGUGAAGGAGAAAACCCAGGUGCGUGUAGUUUUUCUGGGGGCAGCAGGAGUGGGCAAGACGGCCCUGAUCCGACGCUUCCUCCAAGACACGUUUGAGCCCAAACACAGACGCACAGUGGAAGAGCUGCACAUCAAAGAGUACGACAUCGGCGGGGUCAAGGUCACCGUGGAGAUCUUGGACACGAGCGGCAGCUACUCCUUUCCCGCCAUGCGCAAGCUCUCCAUCCAGAACAGCGACGCCUUCGCGCUCGUGUACGCCGUGGAUGACCCCGAAUCACUGGAGGCCGUCAAGAGUCUCCGAGACGAGAUCCUGGAGAUCAAGGGGGACAAGUACACGCCCAUCGUGGUGGUGGGGAACAAAGUGGACCGGGAGGAGGAGCGUCAGGUCUCCGGUGAAGACGUGUUGACGACCGUGGAGCUGGACUGGAACAACAGCUACCUGGAGGCCUCGGCGAAGGAAAACUCCAACGUGGUGGAGGUUUUCAAGGAGCUCCUGCAGCAGGCCAACCUUCCCAGCCGCCUCAGCCCCGCGCUCAGACGUCGCAGGGAGACUUUCCCAAAAGACACCAACUUUCGGCCACCGAUGAACAAGACCAACAGUUGUCUUCUGUCUUAGUGGAAGUGGAGAUGGAAUUAAGGGUGAAGAAGGAGAUGAACGGGUGGACAUUAGGCUGACGGACGCCCGGUGUUGGUGAAGAGAUGACUGAUGGUAAUGAACGUAUAUAUUUGUGAUGAACUGAGCAGCAGAAUUGUUCAGACUGAACAGAAAAAGACUGAUUCUUGAAGAGGAAGAGGAAAAAGAAGAAGGAGAGCCGUUGUGAAGUCCAUGGUCUGUCUGAGGUCGUCUGAUGUUUCUGUCGUUUAGAUCAAUAUAAACCUCUAAACUAUUCAUUUACAUCAAGGUUUGAACUGUUUACAGAGAGACGGUGUAUACAUCUUGUUGUGACUUGUUAAAAAAAAUAAAUGUUUUUUUUUACUACCCGGAGAAUAUUAUGAAAUCUCUCGGUAUAUAAAUGUACAUGAAUGUGUUGAAACAAAAACAAUGAAAACCGGAACUCCAGCACUUUUCAUUUCAGACUGUUCCUUUAACUCAUAAUUGUAAUAUGUUCUUUUCUAUCUUGUUUUUUUUCCCUUUUUUUUAUUGCACAGAUGGAUGAAUGUUAUCUCACCGUUUAUUAAAGUGUAUAAUUAAAAUGUGCUGUUAAAUGUAUAAUAAAAGAUUUAAAUAAAAAAAGCCGUGCCUUUUAUAUCAUAUAAAAUCAAAAAAUAAAAAUAAAAUUGAAUAUAAAAAGAAAUAAUGAAAAACAAAGAUAUUUCGGUGCUGCUACAACUGCCAAGUGUUGCUGUAUGUAAGUAUCAUAUUACCGAGGCCAUGGAAUUAUUCCAUGUGUUUAAAUCCAAAAACAUCACUGAAUAGAUUAGAAUACUAAUAUUCUAGUACUAAUACAGAAUAGUAAUAAACUGUUCGAUUACUGUAGUAAAACAGAUCAGAUUUAAGUGUGAGUUUUCAUCUCACUGUACUGAUUUUUUUUUUCAUGGAGUAGAGUUUAGUCCAAUGACCGGAAAAAGAACAGGGAACAGGUGACCGUUUGUCUCCAGGCGCACCACCCUGCUGCGUUCUUUGGGCAUUUGGCGCUAUCUGUUGGUGAGUCAGGGCAUUACAAUACACUAAGCUCACCGCAGUCCCUGCUCAGCAAAGCACAGCAUCCGAACCUUAACCAUUAACCAACUAACUACAUCUUAAACCUCAAAUUAGACAAAGGUUACACACAACAAUGAA